AUGACGGCGCCGAAGUUGACCUUACUUGUGCUCAAAAAGACCUCGGGAUCGACCGCCUUGCCGACCAGCAGAAAGGGAAUGGUGGCCUGGCCGAUGAGGCUGAAGGCCCAGCGCGCCUCGCGGACGCCGAGCUCGUCGGCGCAGAACUCAAAGCCCAUCUCGACCUGCUUCUCCGCGUGGAGGUGGCCGCUCGGGGUGAGGCAGCGAAAGGGCGAGAAGGUGUUGACCGGGUCCGCCAGAUCGAGCCACUCGAAGGUGUAG